AUGCAACAUGGACGAGCUACUGGUAAAAGGCCUUCUGCUCCCACUCCAAUGCAGAUUUACGAGCCGCUUCCUCGACUUCUCGUUGUGCACGUUGCUCUGCCGUCCUGGGCUGACAUCUGUCCCACCCUCUGUGAGGCUCUGCAGAACUUUUUCUCUCUAGCCUGCAGCUUGAUGGGCCCCAGCCGCAUGUCCUUGUUCAGCUUAUACAUAGUACGAAAUCAGCACGAGUGCAUCCUCCCUUUUGUGCAGGUUAAAGGGAACUUUGCUAGGCUGCAGGCCUGCAUCUCAGAGCUCCGCAUGCUACAAAGAGAAGGUUGUUUCAGACCACAAGACACAUCUCUGCAGCUGGCAGUGCAGGAUGGGCUCCAGCAGUUCAAACAACACAGCAGACAUUUGACAAAAAGUGCAGCUCUGACCUGCACUUCCCUGGAGAUUACUGUUCUAACUUCCCAGCCUGGAAAAGAAGUGGUCAAACAACUAGAAGAAGGAUUGAAAGAUACAGACUUGGUCAGGGUCAGGAGACUUCAGGUUGUUGAGGUUACAAAGGAAAUCCUCCAGCAUAUGGACUCAGCAUCUCCUGUUGAAGAGCCCGGCAGUGAUGAGAGUCCUAUCCUGGGAACUGACAUUGACCUUCAGACUAUAGACAACGAUGUUCUCAGCCUGGAGGUUUUCUUCAAGGCCUGGCUGCAUAACAGUGGAACAGACCAAGAGCAUAUCCAUCUUCUUCUUCCAUCACGGUGUUUCAACAAUGUUACCAGAGCCAGAGAUAACCCAAUGUGCCUGAAAUGUGAUCUCCAAGAGCGACUGCUCAGCCCGUCCCUGCUCCCUGGCACAGCUGAGGGCUCCUUGAGAAUGGAUGACCCCAAAGGAGACUUCAGCACCCUCUACCAGAUGGCUUCCCAGGCAUCAGUCUCUCGCUACAAGCUCCAAGUGAUCAAGGCUCUAAAGUCUAGCGGGGUCUGCGAGUCGUUGACGUAUGGACUCCCGUUCAUCCUCAGACCCACGAGCUGUUGGCAGCUGGACUGGGAUGAGCUGGAGACAAAUCAGCAGCAUUUCCAUGCUUUGUGUCACAGCCUGCUGAAAAGAGAAUGGCUCCUGUUGGCUAAUGGGGAGCCGCUGGGCCUAAGGCACAGCCAGAGGGCCCCUGCCACGGCCUUCUAUGUGAUCAUGCCUUCAGGCUCGCUCACGCUGCUGGUCAAGGCGGUAGCCACACGGGAACUGAUGCUGCCCAGCACCUUCCCCCUGCUGCCUGAGGAGCCACCGGGCGACAGCCUGAAGGUUGUGGAGAGCCUGCUGGACGGCCUGGAAGUAGAACUCACCUACAACCCCCUGCAGGUUCAGAGCCACUUGUACUCACACCUGAGCAGCACCUUUGCCCCGCUGCAGGGGCGGCUCCACCCAAGCUGGGGCAGCCGGGCCCUGGGAAAGGCUGGGCAGCUGCAGACCCACCGAGCUCGAGCCACAGUGGCCCCCCUGCCCAUGACGCCAGCCACACGCAGAGCCCCCAAGACGCCAGCAGCCAGCAAAGCUUCCUCAGAAGUCUUCAUCCUGUCUUCAGAGGAGGAGGAGGAGGGCGAGAAGGAGGCUCACUCAGGGCCCUAAGUGAGCAGCACAGAGCCCAGCUGCCUGCACACACAUGCCUGCACCUGUGGUCGUGAUAUAGGCAGGCAGACAGGAUUAGGUCGAUUAGAUUUGUGAGCUGGAGAUCACGCCUUCACCCCGCUCCCGUGUGCUCUCAUGCCCCUACCUGAUCUCACCUGUACGCCCACCUGCCAAUCAGACUAUGUAACCACUCCCUUUUGGAAGUCAAUACAAGGCCCCUGCUGUUGUCCCGCACCUUCGGGCGCUCGGCCUUAUGGCUGCCUCUCUGCCUUUGCGUCCCUGCCCGCCUAAGCUACCUGUGGCUGCUCAGAAUCGCGCACCUUGCUCCGCCUGGCUCCUGGCCUGCUCUCUGCCUGGAAUGGACCCAACUUGUGCUUCUCGACUUCUUUCUCCCCUAAAUAAAGCCCUCACCUUCCUGCGCAUUUCUUGCA